AUGAUAUCGCAGCUCCACAGUCAUUGCAAUUCGACUUCAAGACAUUUGAAGAUGCAACAACUCAAUUUUCUCCAAGUAACAGACUCGGUCAAGAUUUUUACAGCCUAAUCUCGUGACUGAAUCAUAUGGUAUGACUUGUGCGCUUAGGAUAAUUUACCGGUAUACCGGUUUGUUUACACAACUCAAACCGGUUUAUUAUGCAUCCAGAAAUUUGUCCUGCUAUAUGUAUAUUACAGCAGGUUGAAUGGAUACCAUUUUUGAAGUUUAGAAUGCAAAAAUGAGAAAAAUUGAUAAUCAAAUUUUUAUAAAUUAAUUUUCUUGGAAAACUGAUUUUUUGAACAGUUCGGUCUGAAAAUGGUAUCAAGUUUUCCGAUACGAUUCAAUUCAGAAACCGUAUACAGUUUUUCAGUAUAAUUCGAUCCGAAAACCACAUAAAAAUUUUCAAUUAAGUUUGAAAACGAUAUCGAAUUUUUCGGUAUAAUUUGAUUUGGAAACAAUAUCGAGUUUUUCGAUUCGAUUCAAAACGUUACCGAGUUUUUAUGCAAUCGUCUCUAAUUUAAAAUUAAGAAAAUCAGAUAAGGAAUCCUCAUUUGGGGAGAGACAUUCAUAUAGAUUUCUCCGAUAUUCUAGAAGAUGUAGUCGGGUCGGAUGCGUGGUGAACUUCCAAAUUAUCAAAAAAAAAAAUCUAUGUAUGUCAUGGGAGAUAUUGUUAUCAUGGUACCAAGGUAAUUGAUAUUUGUUAAGUCAAUAGUAAUUUAACCACUUAUGUCAAUAAAUGCCAAAAUACAGGGCUGGACACGGGUCGGUUAUCCAUGUUUUUAGAGAUACCCGUCUUCGUUUUCGUCUUCGUGGGUUUUAGAGAAAUAUUAUCUUUGUCUCUAUCUCACAACAUCCAGGUACCCGUCCAACGGGUACCCAUAGCUAAAAGACGGGUACUCAUGAGCACCCGUACCCAUAUAUAAAACAUUAAACAAUAUAAAAUUAAACCAAAUAAUCAACAAAAAUAUACAUAUUUUAGUCUAGAAACACAUUUAUAUGUUUGAAAAUUCUUAAAAUAUAACAAUAUGUAUAGAAUCCUAGAAAAAUUUUCAAAAAUACAAAAUAAUUUGAAUUUGAAUUCACCAAAACUUGAAAAUCCAAUAUAUAAUCCUCAAAGAAAGUAGAAAUAACCUAAGUAUUUUGGUAAUUAUAUUAAGAAUAUAAGGGUAAUUUUUUCAUUUUAAUAACGGGUACCCGCGUUAUUUCAAUAUAUGAAACCCGAACCCGAACCCGUAUGACGGAUAUUCCACUUUUUAAUACCCAUUUUCAUCUUCGUUAGAUGUCGAGUACCCGUUUUCAGGUACCCUCGAGAUUGGGUACCCACAUACACGUGGAUAACGGGUUUAAAUGCACAGCCCUACCAAAAUAUACAAAUAAUAAGAUAAUAUAUGUUCGACAACGACAUAUCGUCUUCCGAAAUAAAAAAGAUAAGAAUAAAAUUCUAUUGGGUAUUUUGUUUAUUAGAAAAAUAGGCAAUCAUACUCCGUUGUCAACGCAGGCUGCACCACUUAAUUUUUGUUUGUCGCUAAGGGUGCACCAUUAAAUAUUUUCAUUAAAGGAAAAGGGUGGCCCAUGGAUUAUACAAGCAACCAGAAAAUCUUAAAUUUCUUUUUUAUAAAUAAAAAGUCGGAAGCCACUCAACCAGAAAAUCUUGAAGAUGAACAAGAAGUCGUUUUCUUUCAUCUGUUCUGUCUUCAUGUGCGCUGUCACUGUUCAUUCACAAAUAUGUUUAGACACUUCAGGUUCUUUCCCACCAAACAGUACUUACGACAAGAACCGCCGUCUCGCCCUCUCAUUCCUUGCUUCCAACGUCACCGCUCGAAACGGAUUCUACAACGUUUCGGUCGGUCAAGGUUCUGACAGAGCCUACGCAGUUGGGAUGUGCAACCCUGGUCCUGAACCCGGGUUCUGUUCCAACUGUAUCCAAGUCGAAUCUGCCAAGUUAAUACAGACUUGCUCGAACCAGACAGAAGGGUUUGAAUGGCAAACUGAUGAUAAUAUUGCUUGCCUUGUUCGCUACUCCAACCGUUCAUUCUUCGGAUCGCUCGGCUCAAGCCCACGUGUCGUGUUUUUCAGUACCGGAGAACUGAACACGAAUCUAACCGAGUUUUACGGAAUUUGGGAAGGACUAAUGACUCGUGUGGUGGAAGCAGCUUCUUCGAGCAACGAUAGCGUAUCAUUGUCUAAUCGUAAGUACUAUGUGGUGGAUAUAGCCGCCACCACAGCUACCGCGAAUAUAUACGCGUUGAUGCAGUGCACACCGGAUAUAUCUUCCGCGGAUUGCAAGGAAUGUCUGCAGAAAUGUGUCGAUGACUAUAAAUUGUGUUGCCGUCAGAACCAAGGCGGCGCCGUUGUAAGGCCGAGUUGCUUGUUCCGGUGGGAUCUGUUUCCUUUCGCUGGAGCUUUUGAGAAUAUCACAGUUGCGUCACCACCUUCUCCAGCCCCUUCACCGACCGGUCAUGCCAACACUACCAAGAAAGAAAGCAGAGGAAUCUCAAAGGGAACCAUUGCAGGAAUCGUUGUUCCAACUCUAGUUGUUGUCCUCGUGUUACUUGGUCUUGGAUAUGUUGUCUGCUGCAGGGAAAAAUCUAACAUAGAAGCUGAUCUUCAAAAUGGUGAUGAUAUCACAUCUAGACACUCGCUGCAAUUCGAUUUCAAGACAAUUGAGGCUGCAACAGAUAGAUUUUCGGAGAGCAACAAGAUCGGUCAAGGUGGAUUUGGUGAAGUUUAUAAGGGUAUGCUUCCGGACGGGAAAGAAGUUGCGGUGAAGAGGCUGGCCAAGAACUCGGGACAAGGUUCGCGAGAGUUCAAGAACGAGGUUCUUCUUGUAGCAAAGCUUCAACAUAGAAAUCUUGUUAGACUUCUCGGGUUUUGCUUGGAAGAAGAAGAAAAGAUACUCGUCUACGAGUUUGUACUCAACAAAAGCCUCGAUUAUUUUCUGUUUGACCCUUCAAGACGAGAUCAUUUGGAUUGGACAAGACGGUACAAGAUUAUUAGAGGGAUUGCUAAAGGAAUUCUAUAUCUUCAUCAAGAUUCAAGACUCACAAUCAUACACCGUGAUCUCAAAGCAAGCAAUAUUCUCCUAGACGCGGAUCUAGACCCCAAAAUUGCAGAUUUUGGCAUCGCGAGGAUCUUGGGAGUGGACCAAAGCCGAGCUGAUACAAGCCGAAUAGUUGGAACUUACGGUUACAUGUCUCCAGAGUACGCGAUGCACGGUUAUUUUUCCCUAAAAUCUGAUGUCUACAGCUUCGGAGUUUUGAUUCUAGAGAUUAUAAGUGGCAAAGUGAAUAGCAGCUUUUACGAAACGGAUGAUACUCCGGGAAAUUUGGUCACACACGUUUGGAGACUUUGGAGAAACGGGUCACACUUAGAGCUUAUGGAUCCGGCCAUUGGAGAGAUCUAUCAGAGUGACGAAGUUACUAGAUGUAUCCAUAUCGCGUUACUUUGUGUUCAGAAUGAUCCUGCGGAUCGUCCAACGAUGUCGACAAUCAUAGUGAUGCUCACUAGUAACACGGUCACUUUACCGGUUCCACAUCAACCAGGAUUUUUCUUGCAAAGUAGACGCGGCCGAGAAGCAGGAGCCGAGGGCUUGGUGUCAGGUCCAUCGAUUCCUGGUUCCAUUGAUGAUGGAUCCAUCACUUGUUUAGAUCCUCGUUGAACAUUGCCUUCUCUUUGUGUUUUAUGUUGAAUUAUGCUCCUAUUUGUUUCUUGGGGGAGACAAUUGACCGUUAACUUCUGGUA